AUGGCCGCGGCCGCUCGGUGCCAGGGCACACGGCUCCUCCUCCUGCUACUGCUCCUCCUCCUCCUCCGCGCCCCUCACCCCGGCGCCGCUCGGCCUCGAAACGCCAGGCCCCGCCCGCCGCAGCCGUCACCGUCAGCCCCGCCGCGGCGCCUCCGCCCCGCCUCCGCGUCGACCCGGAAGUGCUGCGGCCGCCGGCGCCGCCGGAGGAAAGAGGAGGAGCCCCGCACGCCGGCCGCGCCCCGCCGGCCGGAGCCCCGCCCAGCCAGAGCCCCGCCCCGCCCCGCCCCGCCGGAGCCCCGCCCAGCGCCGAGCCGGCCGCGCCCGUCUUCCCGGUCCGCCCCGAGCCGGGGAAGGCCGGGCGCCGGUCGUUCAGGCACCGUAACUGAAGGCAGACCCUGUUCUAAAGGAGCACAGUUUUGGAAGAAGAGGAAGUGUCAGGGUUUUGAAGAGACUCAAGUGACUGAGAACUUAACCACAGGUGCCACCAUGCAGGGCUUGCAAAAGAGAUUGGUCCACGAGUGAUCUGACCAUUGCUAGUUGAUUACCCGCCUCCAUACCAUUCUGGAGACAGUUGCAGGUGUUCUGUGCGCCCUCCCCUUCUUGGCUGAGGGGUCGGGGGUGCUUCUCUCUCACCUCCAGUCCAGUGAGAGGGAUUUCAAGAACUAUUUGGAGAACUUAACAUGUGACCCCUGGAUUCUGAUGCACCAUCCCUGCUAACCUCUCAUCGC